AACAAACACUAGAUCAAGCUAACGACUAAAUUUAUGAUCUAAGAUCACUUGGCAGAGGUGCCAUUGGUACCGAACUAUGUAAUCCGGAAUGCUGAAACGGCCAUUAUCAAAGAUUUGUCAGAAACCGAAAGAAAAGUUUACUUAAUUUGGUAAAGGAAGAUGCCUUUAACCAGUGGCAAGAUGCUGUUGGAUCAUGAGAGAAAGAUAAAAAAGAAUUUAUUAGCCUUGAAGAAAGACAUGGAUGCUAGAGAUCUGACUGACUUCUUUAUACAGGAGGAGAUAUUUGACUUCCCAGAUAUAGAUAAAAUUAAUGGCUAUAACCCAAACACUACUGAUAAUAGAAAUAAUUGUUUCUUUCAAUUACUGUUCCAAAGUGGUGAAAGGGCGUAUGAUGUAUUCUUGCGUGCAUUACGACAGAAUCAGCAAGAUUAUUUAGCAGAUUUAAUCGAAAAUACACAAGUAAAUGAUGGGCAAGCCCAGGCAACAGAACCGCAUAGUUGGAUUAACACAAUACCACAACAUGUAAGGUUUCGGACACUUACAGAAAAAGACAUCAGUCGAUUUGCUCAGACUUUAGGCAAUGAUUGGCAAAUGGUAGCCUUUGAUUUUGGACUGUCUAAAGUGGAGAUAGAUCACUGUAUGAUGGAGAAUCAGACCCCUGUGAUGCAGAUUUACUCAGCCUUAAAUAAAUGGAGAGUCAGGAACAUGGACGCUUGUACACUUAAUAACUUUGUACAGAAACUUAAGGACUGCCAAGCCACUUCCGUUGACUGGAAGCAGAUGGAAAGAAUUGCUAGAGGCAUGCAAUGAUAUACCAGUAUUUGUAGUUUAUAUGAUUUUAUAUUGAAGUGUACUUAUAUAUGUUACAUGCAUGUAUAAUCAAGUGGAUGCUAUUUGCCAGCUUGUAGAAUGUUGGUGGUUUUACCUGGAAUGGUAGUGGCAUUGUGGUAGAAUUACCAACCUUACAUAAGCAGACAAUAUAGCUAGCUGACUUACCUGCAAAAUUUAGCCCCUAACAUCCUGAGCAGUGUGCGAAAACACAGGUUUCUUUCUAAAUCAUUGAUAUUCAAACUCAUCUCAAAACUAGUACAAAUUUUAUGUCGAUUUAAAUGCUAACUAUGUACUAUACAUUUGUAUUAUUUUUUUAUUGAAAUUAAAACAUUGGAAGUUUACAUUAUGUAACUUAUCUGAAUUUUUAUCCUCAGUAUGUUUAUUAAAAAUAUCAUUUAUAAUUAAAAUAAUUUAUUUGACUGUAGAUGAGUUAUAAUACAAAAAAUGUGCUCACUGAGUUCUUCCCCAGUGCCAUCUUCUGUGUUAAAUAUUGCAGUUUGUAAUGUUAGAACUGCAGGUACCUUCCAAGGAGGGCUAUUUUAUUGUAUGCUGUAGUUAUAGAUAAAAUUCCUCGUCCAUAAUUGUUAUAACUUUCCCUGAAGUGUGUUGUUUUUAAAAUAUUGUAGAAGUAAGACAAAUUUCUAUGAAACUUGUUCAGACAUAAGUUUUGUACUAUAUUGUUUGUGAUGUUAUUUUUCACAAGUCGAAGAAGUAAUGUACAUUUUCUAUAUACCAAUAAUUAUUGAUCAUGUAUAUAGCUGGUAAUAUAACCAGUGGUAAAAAAUAUCAUUUGACAUAUAUUUUGAUUUGUAAAACAUUAUCACUCCUUAUCAAUUACAUAUAUUCAAACAACAGAUAUCAGUUAUUGUUUUGGAAAAAAACUAAGUUAACUAUCUAAACUUAUGAAAUUAUGUUAACAUUUUGUACUUGUUUGACUUUUCCUCAGAAUUGAAGUGGGUUUUUUUUGUCAUUUAAUAUAGCUUUAUUUCUUUUACAUCAUAAAACUUUCCUUUUUUUACAAAUUAUGUAAAAUGAUGAAAAAAUUUUACAAUGUAAUAAGAUGAUUACCCUUAAGGUAGGAUGAUUACCCUUAAGGUAGCUGCAUUGCUGCAGUGUGCCUUUUUUUAAAAUUUGUGUGACAGUUUGGUUACUUUCUUGUUGAUGAACUAAUUUUUAUUGUUCUGUAAUAUACAAUGUAUAACUCUUUCUGUUAUGAUUUGUUUUCUGUUAUGAUUUGUUUUAUAAUAUUGAAAAAAUUUAAUUACCAGUAUAUAUACUUAUUUCUUCAGAUUUUUUCUUGUUUAUGAAUCAUAUAAUACGGGAAAAAUAACUUAUAAUAAUGAAUUAAAUAAAGUACAUGUAUAAAGCAA